AUGGCAAACACUCCCUAUAUCUUCCCACAAACACAACAAUCCACUGUCCUCCCUGACCCCUCCAAUUUCUUCUCCCAAAACCUUCUCUCAAGUCCACUCCCCACAAACUCUUUCUUCCAAAACUUCGUCCUCGAAAAUGGUGACCAACCCGAAUACAUUCACCCUUACCUCAUCAAAUCCUCAAACUCUUCUCUUUCUCUCUCAUACCCAUCUCGCUUGUCUAACUCAGCUUAUAUAUACCAAGUUUUCAACGCUGAUCUCACCAUCUCAUCCAUGCCAAGUUCCAAGGGAAAACACAUUAUCUCUUCCUACAGUGAUCUCAGUGUUACCUUGGAUAUCCCUUCUUCCAAUCUGUGCUUCUUCCUUGUUAGAGGAAGUCCCUUUUUGACCAUGUUUGUGACUCAAGCAACCCCUCUUUCCAUCACCACUGUGCAUGCCAUUACCUCAUUCUCUUCAAAUGAGUCACUUACCAAGUUCAGCUUUCACUUUGACAACAAUCAAACAUGGCUCCUUUAUGCUUCCUCUUCAAUCAAAUUGAGUCACACCCUUUCUGAGAUCACUUCUGAAGCAUUUUCUGGCACAAUUCGAAUAGCUUUGUUGCCUGAUUCUGGUUCAGAUGCAGAGGUUAUUCUUGAUUCGUGUAGUUCUUGUUACCCCGUGUCAGGUGAUGUUGUGAUCAAAGAACCGUUCUGUGUGGAAUAUACGUGGCAAAAGAAAGGUUCUGGUGCUUUGUUACUGUUAGCACACCCUCUUCAUCUUCAGCUUUUGGUUAACAAUGGCAGUGAUGCCUUUGUUCUUGAUGAUUUCAAGUAUAAAAGCAUUGAUGGGGAUCUUGUUGGUGUUGUUGGGGAUUCAUGGCUUUUGAAAGCAGAUUCUGUUGUCGUAUCAUGGCAUUCUACAAGGGGUGUCAAAGAAGAAUCCCGAGAUGAAAUUGUUAAAGCACUUGGGAAUGAUGUUGAGGCUCUAAAUGCAUCAGCAAUGGGUACCACUUCAUCUUAUUUUUAUGGUAAAUUGAUAGCAAGGGCGGCACGGUUGGCAUUGAUAGCUGAAGAGGUUUUCUUCUUUGAUAUGAUUCCAAAGGUUAUAAACUUUUUGAAGGAAACAAUUGAGCCAUGGUUGGAUGGAACUUUUCAGAUGAAUGGAUUUCUACAUGACAAAAAAUGGGGUGGCAUUAUUACCUAUAAAGGGUCUUCUGAUCGUGGUGCUGAUUUUGGAUUUGGAAUUUACAAUGAUCACCAAUACCAUUUGGGAUACUUCCUUUAUGCCAUUGCAGUGCUUGCCAAAAUUGACCCAUCAUGGGGCAUAAAGUAUAAGGCUAAAGCCUAUUCACUUAUGGAAGAUUUUAUGAACUUGGACACAACAUCAAACUCCAAUUACACACGAUUAAGGUCCUUUGACCUUUACAAAUUGCAUUCUUGGGCUGCUGGGUUAACUGAGUUUGCAGAUGGAAGGAAUCAUGAGAGCACAAGUCAAGCUGUGAAUGCAUAUUAUUCUGCAGCAUUGAUGGGUAUGGCAUAUGGUGAUGUCAAUCUUAUUGCACUCGGAUCAACACUCACAGCAUUGGAAAUUCAUGCAGCACAAAUGUGGUUUCAUGUGAAAAAUGAUGGACACAUGUAUGAGACUGAUUUUACAGAGGAGAAUAGGAUCCUUGGUAUUCUGUGGGCUAAUAAGAGAGACACUAAUCUAUGGUUUGCUUCUGGUGUUUUGAAAGAGUAUAGAGUUGGUAUUCAUCUAUUGCCCAUAUUGCCUAUUUCUGAAGCACUUUUCUCAAAUAUUGAUUAUGUGAUUGAACUUGUGGAGUGGGCUUUGCCUGCUUUGAAUAGGGAAGGUGCUAAAGAUGCAUGGAAAGGGUUUGUGUAUGCUUUGCUUGGAAUUUAUGAUAAUGAAAGUGCGUUGAAGCAAAUAAGAAGCUUGAAAGACUUUGAUGAUGGAAACUCUUUGAGUAAUCUCUUGUGGUGGGUUCAUAGCAGAGGUGAUGGAAAAGAUGAGUAG